GUUGCGCUCUGGGACUAGAGGAGGAGGUCCGCAACCGGGCUUUACCUCUGGUGAUACCGUGAGCCACAGGAAGCCUGUUGUGUCGUAGUUUUCCAUUUUGGGGGUCGGGGAACCCGACCGAGUGACCCAUUGUGUUCCGAACUCUGCCCUUGUACUUUCCUGAAGCCCCCAGUUUGCCCGGUCCCCGGGCUGCUAUUGCUUCGAGCCCUCCUCGCCCGCCGAGUUGCUCCGAGGACUUAAGCGCAGUGCCAGCGUUUCUGUGAGGCUUGAGAUGCCGGUUCCCAGUGCUCCAGAACACAUGGGCACAGCACCCAGGGGUUCCACCUUCUUCUAUUUUCCGUAGGGCGUGGCUCAGAGCCUGAGCCCUGUUCUCCACCGCCGGCCAGGGGAGACCUGAAUUCUAGAUUUGCUCUGCUUCUGCUCAGCUGUCUUUCCACCUCCAGAGCCUCAGUUUCGUGUCUGUAUAAUACUGUCAUUUAAAAAAACUCCUCCCAGUCGCUAAUCCUAGGAUUAGGAUUAGGGUAGGCGGUACCUACCACCUCCUCCUCCAGGCUUGUGCACACAGCCUUGAAGGCAUAAGAAAUUCAGUUUUAGGCGCCUCACUUUAAGUGAAGAUCUGUUGGGUCUCAGUUACCCGAAUAUACUUUUUGUUGUUGUUGUUCCCUGCAAAUACUUUCUGUAAUUGUCCCAAACUUAAUCUACAAUAGGGAGGGCCAUUCUGGGUCAGGAGGUAAAGAGGUUGGUUUGGGGGUGACAGGGGGAGCUGCCACCAUGCAUCUGCUUUCGGUGCUUGCCCCUGCAGAGUGCUCGGUACCCCUUCCCUAUGCCACCCCCAUGAUGACCCUGUCCCGUUGGCUGAGAUCUGUGGGGGUCUUUCUGCUGCCAACCCCAUGCUGGGCACCCCUGGAGAGGUGGAUGGGUUCCGUACGGCGGCCCUCCCUGGUGCACGGGUGCCCAGUCCUGGGGUCCUGGCACAGUGCCCGCUGCUGGUGCCAAGUGUGGACAGAGGAGCCCCGAGCAUUUUACUCCUCUCUCAGAAUGAAUGGAGACCAGAAAUCCGACGUUUAUACCCAAGGAAGGCAAGAUUUCAUCCAGCACUUCUCCCAGAUUGUCAGAGUCCUGACUGAGGAUGAGAUGGGGCACCCAGAAACAGGAGAUGCUAUUUCCCGGCUCAAGGAGGUCUUGGAGUACAAUGUCCUUGGAGGCAAGUACAACCGGGGUUUGACAGUGCUCAUAGCAUUCCGGGAGCUGGUGGAGCCAAGGAAACAGGAUGCUGAGAGUCUCCAGCGGGCCCUGACCGUGGGCUGGUGUGUGGAGCUGCUGCAAGCUUUCUUUCUGGUGUCAGAUGACAUCAUGGACUACUCCCACACCCGCCGGGGACAGGUCUGCUGGUAUAAGAAGCCAGGCAUAGGUUUGGAUGCUGUGAAUGAUGCUCUGCUUCUGGAAGCCUGUAUCUACCGCCUGCUGAAGUACUACUGCCGGGAGCAGCCCUAUUACCUGAACCUGAUUGAGCUCUUCCUGCAGAGUUGCUAUCAGACUGAGAUUGGGCAAACCCUGGACCUCAUCACAGCUCCCCAGGACCAUGUGGAUCUUGGCAGAUACACUGAAAAGAGGUACAAAUCUAUUGUCAAGUAUAAGACAGGUUUCUACUCCUUUUACCUUCCUGUUGCUGCUGCCAUGUACAUGGCAGGCAUUGACGGUGAGAAGGAACACAACAAUGCCAAGAAGAUCCUGCUGGAGAUGGGAGAGUUCUUUCAGAUUCAGGAUGAUUACCUUGACCUCUUUGGGGAUCCAAGUGUGACAGGAAAGAUUGGUACUGACAUCCAGGACAACAAAUGUAGCUGGUUGGUGGUUCAGUGUCUGCAACGGGCCACUCCGGAACAGCGCCAGAUCUUGCAGGAAAAUUAUGGGCAGAAGGAUGCCAAGAAAGUCGCCCAGGUGAAGGCACUGUACGAGGAGCUGAACCUGCCGGCUGUGUUCUUACAGUAUGAGGAAGACAGUUACAGCCACCUUAUGAGUCUCAUCCAGCAGUGUGCCGCGCCCCUGCCUCCAGCCAUCUUCCUGGGGCUAGCUAACAAGAUCUACAAGCGGAAAAAAUAAGCUAGAGACUGCAAGGGCUGGGUCGGGGUGGAGGAAGGAGGGCUCUUAAUAAAUUAUCGAGCAACCUUC